CAAAUAUUGGGGACUCAAGGGGGGCGAUCUCAUAGAAAAAAAAAACUGUGACGCAACCUUCCGCGAAACGGCCGACCUUCCUGCAAUCGGUAUUUCACGUUAGCACGUUAGGUCCGCCGCGCAGAGGCAACACCCUUGGGUCGUAAAGAGGUGGCUGCUCGCUCUACUUAUCUCCGGGUCUGGCCUUCAGUAAAAGAUCUGCCGAGUGCCGCCCACUAUGGACCGCUUCGAGGAGAUCAAAUGCAUUGGCCGUGGCAGCUACGGCUCGGCGCAUCUCGUGCGAUCCCGACGGCCCGACUGUCUCCACGACCGCUUCGUGGUCAAGAAGAUUCCCAUGGAGCUGCUCUCAGCCAAAGAGAAGGACCAAUCCUUCCGCGAGGUGGAGCUACUGGCCAAGCUCAAACACCCCAAUGUGGUCGAAUACAUGGAGAACUUCGUAGUGGACAAUGUGUUGCAUAUCGUUAUGGCCUAUUGUGACGGUGGAGACCUGGCGUGUAAAGUAAAGGAGCAGCAAAAGAUCCGAGAACAAAUAGUCGGACCAGACAGCGACAUCUCCGACCCAAGAGGAUAUUUCCCUAUUAGCCAGGUACUGGACUGGUUCGUGCAGAUGGCGAUGGCUAUCAAGUAUCUGCAUGGCCAACGUGUGUUGCAUCGAGACUUGAAGACCAGCAACGUGUUCCUCACGACAGAAAAUGUGGUCAAACUCGGAGAUUUCGGCAUCGCCAAGACGUUGGAUUCUACUCUAGAUCAGGCCAAAACAGUAGUAGGAACGCCGUAUUACAUGAGCCCAGAAGUCUGCGAGAGCAAGCCGUACUCGUACGCGAGCGACGUGUGGUCUCUAGGCUGCGUUUUAUACGAAAUGCUGGCUCUACGUCACGCCUUCGACGCCCCUAACAUACUGACGCUCAUUCUCAAGAUAGUACAGCAAGACUUUGCUCCUGUACCUCCACAUUAUGACACGGAAGUGUCCGAUCUGUUACGUAAAUUACUCGACAAAGAUCCAGAAAGGAGACCCAGUAUGGAAGAGAUCUUUGCCAUGCCAUACAUCCGUCACCACAUGCAGGACCUGGUCGCUUCUGGUGGUUCACUAAAAGUUAAAGUGAUAAACCCCGUGGCUCGAAAACCGCAACACGGUUCGGCUUCUGGGGCUGGUAGACGUCGAUUGCAUCCGAAAAACCUCUCUGCACGUCGCUCUUCAGACGAGAAGAGGAAAAUGCGGCUAGCAACUCAAGCAGAAGCAGCAGCCGUAGCUCCGAUGCAAUGGAUGCCGAUAAAACCUUAUGACGACGAAGUAGACGAUCCCGAUGUACGCAACGAGCUGGAAUUGCUGGAGUCGAGUAUUGUAGAGGAGCCGCAGUUAAGUUUUCGUCUACCAGAACGAAGCACCACUCCGGAGCCAUUGGUACUUGUAACAGAAGACAAGCCGCAUCCAAAUGCAUUGGAAAAUGAGGAAGAAGAGGUAGACGAACAGCUUUCAGGCUCCGUGUCGUCACCAAUACGUCGACGAGCUCCUAAACAAGCGAUCGCAUGGGGACACAAGGGAUCUACUGACAACGCACAGAUAAAUGGUAUUCACUUAAGUAUAGAUGAAGACGAUGACGACGACUCACGCUUCCAUGCGGAGGCUGAAGAGCUGAUGAACCCAAAUUUCCAGAGUGAAUACAGCGAGGAGUGCCUCGACAGCUUGCAGAUUUACUACGGGUCUAAGGACACCAAGAAUGGCCGAGUAGUACGGCAACCUGCAAGCGGAGGCGGGCGUUCCAGGACGAAUUCAACACCAAGAGUAGCGGACUUGGAAGACAGUGGGGACGUUCUUGAACUAUCGACUUUGUCACUGGAAGAUGUGGGCUCAGAAGACACAGGAGCUCCGUCACUCAGUGAAAGCUCCAUGAUGCGUGAGCUGGAGUUAGACGCAGACAGCGACGACGACGGCGCUUCUGCUGACACCUCCUCCAGUGAAUACGAAGCCGAGGAGAAUUUUUACAGCGAUGACUCGUCCGAUUUCUUUGAUCAGAGCGGGACGCAGUACAGCGACGACUUUGAAGACCCCGACGCUGAAGUUAUUGAGUAUGUAGACGAUGAGUUCGUGAGUGAAGGAGAGGACCAGCAAGAAGAGGAAUCUGAUGCAGGAGACGAUAGCAGUGGCUUUGCUCGUGUACCGAAGCUUGAAGGUCCUGCUGAGGUGAAAUGGGUCAUGCGGAAUGUGGCACAGAGUCUGAUGCUGACUCGAGACGAUCUACACCCACGUCAAGCAGCAUAUUGUCAUGAUGCAAGCUAGGACUGGUAUUAUUUCCUUCGGCUUGCUGUAUAACAUGUAAGACAUUUCCUUGUACCUUCGUUCAGUACGCUCCGAUACGCCACAAUCUAAGCCUUUUGAGAGAUCAAACUCUCGUUGGGAGACGCUCGGAAGGCUAAAAUCCCGUCCUCGCCGCCCUGAAUUUCGAGAAUCUCACCCUUGGGUAAGAAAUACACUUUGCCCUUGGACAUCUUUCGACCGUCAGCAUUGCCUGAAGGCUCAACCGUCGACCCGCCGCCCGAAAUGACAAGCACAAUGGAGUCUCCUUUUCGCGCUGGUAGCGCAUAUCGCUGACGGGGUUUCAACUCGACGGCUUCGACCUCGAACUCCGGCACUGGAGAGCUGUACAACCGCGUAACACCGUCACUCUGAACAUCACCCUUGUACACACGUGGCUUGCCCGUGUAGUAGGUUAGCAUUGAAUGCAGCGUCUCCUUGUCGAUAAACUUAGGGGUAAGGCCAGCGCGAACGACAUUAUCGGAACAUGCCAUACACUCGACGCAGUCGCCGAACAGAUAGGCGUGAGGCUCGUUGGCGCCCAGGAACAUUGCCUCGCCGGGCUCCAGUGUGAUGUAGUUGAGCAAGAACGGACAGAAGCAGCCAAUAUCGCCGGGAUAUUCGUUGUCUAGACGCAGCACGAGCUUCUCCAAGGCGCUCAAACUUGAUGAACUCUCGAGACGAGCACGAAGUGAACGCAACUGUGCCACAAUAAUGGACGAUUCAGCGUACAC